GACCAUCGGGAAAGAAGUCUGGUUCACGAAAAUCGAUCUUAAGGAUGCCUAUUUUCACAUACCAAUUGCACCACAUCACCAGCAGUUCCUGCGCUUUGCGUUUGAGGGAAGGGCCGACCAGUUCAGGGUCCUCCCCUUUGGAAUAUCACUGGCCCCUCGGAUUUUCACAAGAUUCGUGGCAGCAGCACUGGCACCACUACAGAAAACAGGUAUGCUCAUCCUCUCGUACCUGGACGAUUGGUUGGUAGUGUCUCAGACGGAGUCAGAUUUACUCAGGGACCUAGCUCGGUUGAUAUCUCACUCAGGCAGGUUAGGACUCAAGAUAAAUCUCGAGAAGAGUACGUUGACACCCAGUCAGCGUAUAGUGUUAAUUGGUAUCCAGUUGGAUUCUCGCAGGAGACAGGCAACCCCAUCUCCCCAGCGGGUGAACGACAUCCUCAGUCGGGUAGGACAGUUCAGGAGAGGCCAAGUGCGAACCUUCAGUUCCUUCCAGGUACUACUGGGCACACUCACGGCAGCUGCUGCCGUGGUCCCCCUAGGCCUCCUCUCGUUGAGACCACUCCAGAUGUGGAUCAACAGACUGGGGUUGGAUCCAAGAGCCGACAGGCACAAGCUGGUGAGUCACUGCCAGGUGUAUUCAGUGCAUGCGACCGUGGAAGAGCCGGGCAUACUUGACUCAGGGGGUUCCCCUUGGUGCCAUACCCUCCCGCAGGGAGGUCGUAACGACUGACGCUUCUUUGACAGGUUGGGGUGCUGUUUGGCAGUGCAGGGCUGUUCGCGGCUCGUGAGACCCCCAACAGCAGCGCCGACACAUAAAUGUGUUGGAGCUUCAGGCGGUUCUCCUUGCCCUCAGGCACUUCUUUCCUGUGCUGUCGGGGAGUUAUGUGCUUGUGAGGACCGACAACACAGCAGUGGUUUACCUCAUAAACCAUCAGGGGAGUACGAGGUCUCAGUCAUCCCUGAGACUAGUUCGCCAGUUGCUGUCCUGGGCAAACCCCCGCUUGCUGAGCCGGAACACAGCAGCAGACUUCUUGUCCCGACAGAGCCCUCAUCCUGGGGAGUGGAGGCUGCACCCGGAGGUGGUGCAGGCCAUCUGGCAGCGGUACGGCAGAGCAGAGGUGGAUCUUUUCGCCUCCCAAGGCUCUACACACUGCCCCCUAUGGUUUUCCCUGGAAGAGGCAACGAGCCCCUUAGGCUGGGAUGCGCUGGCACACAAGUGGCCCCAGCAGCUUUUGUACGCAUUUCCCCCACUUCCACUGAUUCGUGCCAUUCUCCACAGGAUCUCCCAGGAGGGCCACACGGUGAUAGCCCCCAGAUGGCCCGGGAGGCUGUGGUUCCCAGUGUUGCACGGGCUGUUGGUCGGACGCCCUUGGUGCCUCCCCAUUCAUGCGGACCUCCUCUCACAACUGGGGGGACGGAUCUGGCACCCAAAUCCAGCGCGCCUACAGUUAUGGGUAUAGCCACUGAGGGGCCUGAGCCUCUGCUAGGUGCUUGCGACCCAGCAGUUGUUUAUACCAUCAACAACUCGCGGGCGGCUUCCACUAAUGCGCUCUACGCGAACAGGUGGAAGCUCUUCGUGGAAUGGUGCCGGGCCCGCGGGGAGGAGCCAACCAGUUGUCCAGUACCGACAAUUCUCGGAUUCUUGCAGUCUCGUUUCGACGGGGGCCUGGCUGCAGCCACCAUCCGGGUUUAUGCCGCGGCAAUAUCUGCCAGCCACAACAAGGUGGAUGGCGUCACCGUGGGCUCCCACACACUGGUGACGCGUUUCCUGAGGGGGACACAGCGACUCAGGCGGCCACAGCGGAGCCAGACACCUUCCUGGGACCUACCAUUGGUGUUGGAGGCGCUGUGCCGGCACCCAUUUGAACCUCUUGAGAGCACAGAGGAUAAAUGGGUAUCGUUGAAGACUGCCUUUCUGUGCGCCAUGGCAUCAGCAAAGAGGGUGGGGGAGUUACACGCUCUAUCAAUCAGCCGUGAGUGCCUCCAAUGGGCCCCGGGAGAAACGGGGGUCACAUUGUGGCCUAACCCAUCUUUUUUACCGAAGACUUUCUCCUCUUCGUUUGUAAAUCAACCCCUCCAUUUAGCCGCGUUUGAUCCUCCAACUGGGGAGGAUGGACAGCAGGGAAACACAGCCUUGCUGUACCCAGUCCGGGCUCUAAGGGCAUAUAUUCAGUCAACCACUGGAUUCCGGCGGUCGGAAUCACUUUUUGUCUGUCACUUUUUGUCAGGGCCAAGACUGGGCCAGGCAUUGUCAAAACAACGACUGUCCAGGUGGAUUGUUGAGGUUAUCUACAAGGCCUAUGACAGCGGGGGCCUACCAAUCCCAGCCUCCAUCCGCGGCCACUCAACCCAGAGUGUGGCGACAUCAUGGGCAUCAUCUUGCACAUUCACAAGAUUCUACAGAGUUAACGUGGCUGCAAGUAACCCGCUAGUCACCGCUACUCUCUUAAGCCAUUAGGUGGUCAAAAAGGUAAGUUCUCCUCCUCGUGACCUUGUUGGUAUGUGUCAUCCAGGUGCUGAAAGCCCCGCCUCUGGCGGUCAGAAGAAAUGAAAUAGAACGAUGGUUACGUAUGUAACCGCGGUUCUAUGAAUUUCGGAUGACCGCCAGAGCUUGGCAGUCACUCGGAGGGGGGAAGAGAAGAUUGCCAAGAGGUCACUUCCGGGGUGAAAGCACCUUAAGUGCAUGACGUGUCAUACGUCACCCCGGUCACAGGUGACUGUUGGUACAAACACUCGACCUACAUGCGUAUGUGAUGGACAUCCAGGUGCUGAAAGCACAGUCAUCCGAAAUUCAUAGAACCGCGGUUACAUACGUAACCAUCGUUUUAUAUACUCAAAGUGAUUGUACCAUGGGUUGUCACGUGAUUCGUCUCAGCUAAAUAGUUUGGGACAAUAAUGCAAAAUAAUCCCAAAGAACAAGCUGUUUUCAGCCACAAGUUCAAGGGUUUGAAGAAAGCUUAGUGGAGUAAAAAACAGUGUGUUUGUCAACAAAAAAAAUGUCUGCUAAAUUUGUCUCCAAAUCUCCAGACACAAUAUCAAUGAUACUUGUCUGUGUUGGUUCAGAACAUGGCUGUCUAUCUGAUCUUAAUAUUGACAUGACACUGACACUUAUUCUUCUCCUGUAUGGCUAAUAAUUCAUCUUCAUUAAGCUACCCUUAAUGACAUCAGCCAUGCAUCAACUCAUUGCACAACCUCCUGCUACUUAAAGAACAGCAUUGAGAUUGAGAUCCUUACCAAACUCAACCAUCCACUCCUGUAAUAUUGCUUACCUCCCCAAUAUGUCUUUCUCACGCAUAACCUGAUUGCUUUUGUUUGUAUCUUUUGUUUUUGUUAAUUGCUGCCCUCCUUUGGC